AUGCCCUUUAAUAUCGAAAAGGUCAUUCGUCCUAAUAUUCUUGCCCUUGCGCCAUAUCGAUGUGCCCGCGACGACUACAGCAAAGGGGUUCUUUUGGAUGCCAACGAAAAUGCGUUUGGCUCUGCUUUGCCAAUUAAGUACAAGGAGGAGCUCAAUAGAUACCCUGACCCUUACCACCCCAAAAUCAAAGAACGUAUUGUCAAGUUGAGGAAUGUGUCUUUGAUUCGUCAGGUCUUCCUUGGAGUAGGGUCUGACGAGGUCAUUGAUUUGCUGAUCCGUGUGACAUGCACACCAGGAAAGGAUAAGAUUCUCACUACACCUCCAACCUAUGGAAUGUAUUCUGUUUCUGCUCAAGUAAAUGAUGUUGGCGUUGUCCACUCUAAUCUUAAUAUCGAGAAUGGAUUAUAUCAACUACGCUUGGACGAUAUAACAGCUAGCCUAAAAAACAACCCAGAAAUUAAGGUUGUAUUCUUGUGUUCUCCUGGUAACCCAACUGGCACUGCUUUAUCUCAUGAUAGCAUUCGAGAGAUACUCAAGUCUGGGUACGAAGGCAUUGUAGUAGUCGAUGAGGCAUACGUUGACUUUGUAGACCAUGAGAACGGCACUGUUUCUUCUUGGAUAGAUACAUAUCCAAAUCUAGUUGUUAUCCAAACCCUUUCAAAGAGUUUUGGUUUAGCAGGUAUCAGCCCCCACAGACUAGGAAUAGCGCUGGGUAACCCGGACUUGAUCCAGAUUCUCAAUAAUACAAAGGCACCUUAUAAUAUCGGUACUCCGGCGGCUUCAAUUGCUUACGAAGCUUUAUCUGAUGUUGGUCUAGCUACCAUGAAUACACACCGAUCAUACCUUAUCCGGCAACGUAGCAUGUUGGUCCAAAGGCUUUUGGCCUUUCCUCUUCAGGGACUUGGUAGGAUUCUUGGUGCAAACGAUGCAAACUUUAUCCUGGUUGAAAUUCUUGACAAGAAUAACAAGCCGUGUAAUGUACGGGCUGGAAAGGUGUACAGUCGCCUGGCCGAUUGUCUUGGAGUUGUGAUUCGUCUAAGGUGUAAGGAGUAUGGGUGCUUUGGAUGUGUUCGUAUCACUGUUGGUACUGAACAAGACAAUGAGUACUUGCUAGACCAAUUAGAAAUUGCAUUGAAAUCAGUUUAA